AUGGCGAGCAGCAAAGGGUCCAAGGCCGACUUCAUUGUCGGGGAGAAGUACAAGCUGCUGCGGAAGAUCGGGUCGGGCUCGUUCGGCGACAUCUACCUGGCGGUGAACGUGAUCAACAGCGAGGAGGUGGCGGUGAAGCUGGAGUCGCAGAAGGCGCGGCACCCGCAGCUGCUGUACGAGAGCAAGCUGUACCGCAUCCUGCAGGGCGGCGUGGGCAUCCCGCACAUCCGCUGGUUCGGCCAGGAGCGGGACUACAACGUGCUGGUCAUGGACCUGCUGGGGCCCAGCCUGGAGGACCUGUUCAACUACUGCUCGCGCCGCUUCACCAUGAAGACGGUGCUCAUGCUGGCCGACCAGAUGAUCAGCCGCGUGGAGUACGUGCACUCCAAGAACUUCGUGCACCGCGACCUCAAGCCCGACAACUUCCUCAUGGGCAUCGGCCGCCACUGCAACAAGCUCUUUCUCAUCGACUUCGGGCUGGCCAAGAAGUAUCGCGAUAACAUGACGCGCCAGCACAUCCCGUACCGCGAGGACAAGAACCUGACGGGCACGGCGCGCUACGCCAGCGUCAACGCGCACCUGGGCAUCGAGCAGAGCCGCCGCGACGACAUGGAGUCGCUGGGCUACGUGCUCAUGUACUUCAACCGCACCAGCCUGCCCUGGCAGGGCCUCAAGGCGGCCACCAAGAAGCAGAAGUACGAGAAGAUCAGCGAGAAGAAGAUGUCCACGCCCGUCGAGGUGCUGUGCAAGGGCUGCCCCGCCGAGUUCGCCAUGUACCUCAACUACUGCCGCGGCCUGCGCUUCGAGGAGACGCCCGACUACGUCUACCUGCGCCAGCUCUUCGGCAUCCUCUUCCGCACCCUCAACCACCAGUACGACUACACCUUCGACUGGACCAUACUCAAGCAGAAGGCGGCCCAGCAGGCCGCCUCGUCCAGCGGCCAGGCCUAG